AUGUCAGAACCCCUUCCUCCUUCCUCCUCCUCAUCUUCUUCCAGCAAGCCAUCAAUGACCCCUUCCGCCUUCCGUAUACCACUCAAGAGAUCACCAGAGAAGGUAUACACCGGGCCGACACCCGAGGAGCUCGCCGCGCCACGGACGAGGUCCCAGGCGGAGAAGUAUUUCGCGAGAGUCGCCAAUGAGAACGUACUGCCUACGAGGGCGAGUAAGAUUUUAGGUGUUGGAGGAUGGGUAUUGGGUGGAUUCGCAUGCGUCUACAUGGCGCUGUUCGUAGAUUUCGGUGACCGCGAACAUGUUUUCUCUCCGGUACGAAGGCAAUAUGCGUCUCUCAAACAAUCGUUCUUCACCUUGUCGCCAAGUGAAAGGGAGAUGAUGGGUGUAGAGGACCGUAUGCAGAGGCAAAGUCAGGAAGAUACCAGGCCAUCUUAG